GCUUUAUUUUCUGUCGAGACAUCAUGAUUCCUGGUAAUCGAAUGCUGAUGGUCAUUUUAGUAUGCCAAGUCCUGCUGGGAGAGAGCAACCAUGCUAGUCUGAUACCUGAAGAAGGGAAAAAGAAAGUACCCGGCCUGCAGGGUCGUUCGGCCGCUCAGAGCCAUGAACUGCUGCGGGACUUCGAGGCCACGCUGCUGCACAUGUUCGGCCUCAAGAGGCGGCCGCGGCCCAGCCGCUCAACCCCAGUGCCUCGCUACCUGCUGGACCUUUACCGGCUACAGUCAGGGGAGGCUGAGGAGGCUGGGGGGGCCGGCGGGCAUGCCAUUUCUUUUGACUACCCAGAGAGGUCAGCCAGCCGAGCCAACACUGUGAGGGGCUUCCACCAUGAAGAGUACAUGGAGAAGGCGCACGAGCUGGACGACGGAGAGACCACGCCCCUUCGCUUCCUGUUCAACCUCAGCAGCGUUCCAGAGGACGAGCUCCUAUCUUCAGCUGAACUGAGGCUCUACCGUCAUAAGAUUGAUGAGGCCGUCUCUGACACUGUCUCAGAUGAGCAGGGGCUUCACCGGAUAAACGUGUAUGAAGUGUUGAAGCCCCCUCGGCCUGGGCAGCUGAUCACACAGCUUUUGGAUACGCGACUUGUGCGCCACAACAUGUCCCACUGGGAGAGCUUUGAUGUCAGCCCUGCUGUGCUGCGCUGGACUCGUGAGCGUCUACCAAAUUAUGGGCUCGCUGUGGAAGUUCUACACCUCAGCCAGACACGGCGCCAUCAGGGCCGACAUGUUCGAAUCAGUCGCUCACUACACCAGGAACCUGGUGAGGACUGGGAGCAAGUGCGCCCCCUCCUGGUUACAUUUGGCCAUGACGGGAAGGGUCACCCACUGACCCGCCGGACCAAGCGCAGCCCCAAGCAGCGGGGCCGUAAACGUAACCGCAACUGCCGGCGCCAUGCACUGUACGUGGACUUCAGCGACGUAGGCUGGAACGACUGGAUAGUGGCGCCCCCUGGUUAUCAGGCUUAUUACUGCCAUGGGGAAUGUCCCUUUCCGCUGGCAGAUCAUCUGAACUCUACCAACCAUGCCAUUGUUCAGACACUGGUGAACUCUGUAAACAACAAUAUUCCCAAGGCCUGCUGUGUGCCAACAGAGCUCAGCGCCAUCUCCAUGCUCUAUCUAGAUGAACAUGACAAGGUGGUCCUAAAAAACUACCAGGAAAUGGUAGUGGAGGGCUGCGGCUGCCGCUAACACACAAACUAACUAGAACUUGGACUGGCAAUUUGAAAAAGCAGGACAGAUGCUAAAACAAAUUACUACUUAUUUAUAACUUUUAUGUUGAGGUGUAUGUUUGUCUCACUUUUUUU